AUGGGAACAAAUUUGGAGUUGACAGAUACAGAUGAGGGAGUUCGCGAAUCGAGAGUAGAUGAAAAGCUUGGCGACCCUUUGGUGUCGUUUGUUUGUUGCGUUUGCGGGAUAAGCUUCAAGUGCCACUACGGGAGGGUUUCUGUAAGCGGAAUGACGUAUAGUUAUCGAUAUCGUGAGGAAGUCUAUUAUCUAAUGGACCCAUUCAGGAAUCGUACCAAAGUUGAUGAGAGGAGAGUAACUUCUGAUGAGAAAACUACUCGGCGUGAAGGCAAAACAAAUAAUGGUCUCAGUAUCUUAGAUUUUGUCGUCGUUGGGUCGUUGUGCACAAUAUGUGGACAACCUGUUUGCGUCGACGAAGUUUGUGGCGUUUUUUAUGCGAAAACUUAUUGCUCAAAUUGCAUUAAUAAACACGAAGUCCACUUCCCGAAGGAACUUGUUCAGAAGCUCCAGUCAGCGCGUACGGCCCGACAGAAACGAGAGGCAGAAAAAGUGGGUCCUCUUGUCAUGGCAGAUGAAGAUAAGAAUCGGUAG